AUGUAUCCAGCUGUAUCUGCAAGGUGCCCUUACUAUUUGUACAAUAACCAGGCUGUUAGACGCGCAUAUCGCUUCGCUUCAACGGUCAGCGGGCGCAGCGCUCCGCAGACCAGCGGUGGGGCGGAGCGACUUUUCCUAGUAAUGGGCCUCUCACAGCAGACAUUCUGUAUAGUUCGGCACCAUGAACAUCUGAGUACACGUUACCCGGAUUCUGAAUUUCAUGUGAAGCUCGGUGGUGUCACCUGGACAUCACCGAACUACGGAAUAGGGCGCACCGAGAAUAACAGUUCCAAUGUUCGACUUUUGAACAAUUUUGGGUGCCAGGCAUUUGUGCUGCCGGAGCAGUUUCGUUACUCGGUAUUUAAUGUCUCGAUUAAUUUCGAAGCUCGGUGUCUGCGGCCUCCGAACAGUUCCGGUUACUGA